AUGGCCUCUCCGCAGCAGAUCCGCACGCCCAUCACCGAUCUUUUCAAGAUCAAGCACCCCAUCCUGCUGGCCGGCAUGAACGUGGCCGCUGGCCCCAAGCUGGCUGCUGCCGUCACCAACGCUGGCGGUCUCGGUGUCAUCGGCGGUGUCGGCUACACCCCCGACAUGCUCCGCGAGCAGGUUGCCGAGCUCAAGGAGUACCUCAACGACAAGAACGCCCCCUUCGGCAUCGACCUGCUUCUCCCCCAGGUCGGUGGCAAUGCCCGUAAGACCAACUAUGACUACACCAAGGGCAAGCUCAACGAGCUCGUCGACGUCGUCAUCGAGUCCGGCGCCAAGCUCUUCGUCUCGGCCGUCGGCGUCCCCCCCAAGGCCGUCGUCGACAAGCUGCACGCCCACGGCAUCGUCUACAUGAACAUGAUUGGCCACGUCAAGCACGUCAAGAAGUGCCUUGAGCUCGGCGUCGACAUCAUCUGCGCCCAGGGCGGUGAGGGUGGCGGCCACACCGGCGACAUCCCCACCACUGUCCUCAUCCCCGCCGUCGUCAACGAGGUCAAGGGCCACAAGUCCCCCGUGACCGGCGGCCCCGUCCAGGUCGUCGCCGCUGGCGGCAUCCACAACGGCCAGCUGCUCGCUGCCUCCCUCAUGAUGGGCGCUGGCGCCGUCUGGGUCGGCACGCGCUUCAUCCUGACGGACGAGGCUGGUGCCCCCAAGGCUCACAAGGAGGCCGUCCGCACCGCCGGCCACGACGACAACAUCCGCACAAUCAUCUUCACUGGCCGCCCCAUGCGCGUCCGCAACAAUCCUUACAUCAACGACUGGGAGGUCAACCGCCAGCAGGAGAUGAAGGAGCUCGCCGCCAAGGGCACCAUCCCCUACGAGGCCGACCUCGACAAAUUCAUGGGCGAGGGCGCUGAGCACAAGGGCGUUGAGAGCAACAACGCCGCUGCCGAGUCUGAGGACGACGAUGACUUCGACGACCCUCUUGAGCAGUUCCGCCCCUACCUGAUGGGCAAGUGCGCUGCCGUCUGCAACGAGACCAAGCCCGCAAAGGAGGUUGUCGACGAGUUUGUCAACGAUGCAGUCUCGUGGAUCCAGACCGGCAACAAGAUGAUUGCCAAGCUGUAA